UACCACACCGGACAAUCAAGAAGGCAGGUGCCUUGACUACAGAAAAUGUAAACCUCUGCAAGAAAUAUGGCAGAUACAGUACCGUACAGCCACCGAUUUUUAUAGACGAUCAGUGUGCAGAUACCAGGGCAAUGUUACGAUCGUUUGCUGUCCGAACGAUCCAAACAAAGAGAAGAGAGAAAUUUUAAUAAAAACUGUGUAUAAGUAUAAGGCUUUGCGACCACCAUACUGUGGUUUUAGCAACGUCUCUCAUACCAGGGUGGUCGAUGGUAAACCAGCUGAACUUGGUACGUUUUAUGUCUUUCUUUCCGAUUAAUAAUAAGCCAUUUACUGCAAAGAAUGAACUUUAAAGGCAUUAAACAGCACAUCAAUGUACAUUUCAAUUAGACUAAAUAAUAAUGCUAUGAUUUUAUCGGUAGUAACUUUACUUAUUAACUUGAAUUAUUUCUUUCUUUUACUUCAUGUUAGGAAGAGUAUCUUUUUGCUUGAAAUAAAAAAUUGAUAUAGGAGUAAUAAUAUGGAUAGAGAUCAAAAACUGUUAGGGCAGAAAUUACACGUUUGAACUUUAUAGUUCAGUAUAGUUCAAAUAGAAAUUAUAUAGAAUUAUUUAAUAAUUUGUAUUCCACUGGAAUAAAAAUUUAAUUUCUGUCUUUAUCAAAUCUCUAUUUCAGAGUAUUUGUACGUAUGUACUUAUCGUCUGCUGUAUGAUCGAAUAUCGAAUAGGCGCUUGGCCAUGGAUCGCUGCAUUAGGUUUUCGUAAUCCCCGAAACCCAGACAAACCACUAUGGAAGUGCGGAGGUUCCCUGAUAUCGGCUAGGCAUGUUUUGACCGCAGCACAUUGUGCACAUAUGGAUGGAAUAGAAAACAUACACAAUCAUAAUAUUGCCAUUCUUAGAUUGGUGGAGGAGGUGCCAUUUUCGAGGUACGUAUAUCCCAUUUGUACGAAAGAGCCCCUACGAAAGAGCAACUUCGUCGGCUAUAACCCCCUUGUUGCUGGAUCGGGAGCAUUAAGAUAUAACGACCACGACGUAAUGCAUUAAUGGAAGUACAAAUGCCAGUGAUUAAGAACGCCGAAUGCAAAAUAGCUUAUUCCAAAUUUCCUAAUGCACCUGAUAUCACUGAUGGUAUAAUAUGCGCCGAACAUGCUCAGGGUGGAGAGGAUUCUUGUACGGUAAUUAAGUUACAGAGUUACUACAAACUAUACGGUAUCUGAAGACACGUCGAUUCGAAUUAACAUCAAAUCGACGUCUUAAACAUUAAAAAUAAUAGAUAAACACAAUUUAAUAGUUUUGCCCACUUCUCACACCUCGUUAUGGUAUUUAAUCUAAUUUCCUUCUAAUCUUAGUUUUGCUCAAAAUACAUAUAACAUGUACGUUAUAAAUUGGAGUAUUUCAAUACACAAAUCAAUAGAAGAUUAUUACUGUAUAUAAGUAUAAUUUCAAUACAAUUCGAUCGAUAUAUUUCAGUAUCUUUGAUUAAAAAUUUAACGAUCCUUUCAGGCUGACCGCGGCGGACCACUGCUGAUACAACAUGAAUUAACCUCGUAUUUAAUAAGUAUUGUGUCUUAUGCUUAUAAGUGCGGCACAGCUGGGUAUCCCAGCGUUUACACUAGGGUCACAUCGUACCUUGACUUCAUUCUC